AAUAAAUUGUUAAUGGGGAAUAUAAUGGGAUUGCUUGUGGUGAAACGGGAGGACAGGAAAUACUGCUGAGCUCCAAGCCGAGGGCUGCCGUGCCAGGACGUGGGACGUGUCUGAAAAACUUCUUGAAACUACCAAUACGCAAGAUGUCUUCCACUUCCAAGAAGCAUCAGUCCUUCUGCUCCGAACCGAUGAAGGGCAAGCCCGUCACCGCGCUUCCCGGGAUAGGACCCGGGUGUGCCAGCCAGCUGCAGUCGCAAGGCUACCACAAGGCCACCGAUGUCUUUGGCCAUUACCUGACUGUGAACGAGAACCGCAACGAGUUCCAGGACUGGCUGAAGGACCAAAGCGGAGCCAACGCCAAGCAGCAGGGAGACUGCUACAAGGCAAUGCGGGAUUGGAGCGACAACAACCUGUAGCGCGUCCGUCAACACGCUGUUCUUUUCUCCCUUAAAAGGUCAAAACGUUUUUUUUUUUUUUUUUUUUUUUUGACCUCGCUUUGUCAACCUAGUUAAGCAAUAUAUUUUACAGUAGCCUAUGUUCAAACGCUGUGACGAUUGAAUAUAACCAAAACGGGCUUGUUCGGGUUUGCUGUUGGUGUAUGGGCAUGAGGGUCUGGUAUCUUUGUUUUCCAUCUUUUGAUAUCUUUGAGGGGAAGCCUUAAAUAAAGCCUUUGCUUCAGAGCUUCUCAAAAGUUAAACUUGUUUAUUAAGAAGAAAAUAAAUAAUUAACAGAAGUG